AUUUUAAUCGAUGUUAACUUCGUUUUUUUGCUUGACGACAUUGACAAAACACACACUAAUAUAAAAUAUAAAUAAAAUAUAAAUAAACGAAACGGAACGAAGGGAAGGGAAAGGCUUCUGUUUAUUACGACGUGUCUGCAUUUGACCCCGUGCCCGGAGAUCUGGAAAGAGCGCGCCCGCCGCGUAGACAAGAAGGAGCUUAAACAGGAGCAGCAGCAGGAGCAGGAGGACAAGGAGGAGCCGAAGGGAACGCAAGUGGGAAGUGGGCAACGAUCGGAGGAGGACCCAACGACGACAUUAAGGAUGGCUGGAUCAGCGCUGCGCCGCCUGAUGGCGGAAUACAAACAGUUAACACUCGACCCGCCCGAGGGCAUUGUGGCCGGCCCCAUCAGCGAGGACAACUUCUUCGAGUGGGAGGCACUGAUUGCCGGACCAGAGGGCACUUGCUUCGAGGGCGGCGUCUUUCCCGCACGCCUCGUCUUUCCACCCGACUACCCACUGAGUCCGCCAAAAAUGAAAUUCACUUGUGAUAUGUUCCAUCCCAACAUCUUCGCCGACGGACGGGUCUGCAUAUCAAUACUGCACGCGCCCGGCGACGAUCCCAUGGGCUACGAGCUGUCCGCGGAGCGCUGGAGUCCCGUGCAGAGCGUCGAAAAGAUCUUGCUCAGCGUGGUCAGCAUGCUGGCGGAACCCAACGACGAAAGCGGCGCCAAUGUCGAUGCCGCCAUUAUGUGGCGCGAACGGAGAGAAGAGUUCAAUGCCAUCGCCCGUCGACUGGUGCGCAAAACCCUUGGUUUGCCGCCGUAGAUGAUUAACUGGAACUGGAUUUGGACCAUGUCCGCCACCGUCGACCCAACCUUCCUACCCAACACGAUUCCAAGAUUGCGCCCGACAGAAAAUGCUAACUCCCAGUUCCCUUAAGCCCUCGGGCUAACCGACAAAGACGUUUCAAAUUAGGAAAAUCAAGAACAUAGCAAUAAAAUCGACUGUCAAUCACAACCAGGCAGCAGUUCGUCCCCCACUUAACUUGUAUCCGUCAGCAGCGAUCCUUGGCUGCUUCAGAGGAUCUAAUACGGGGGAUCUAUGCACCGGGGGAACCCCCAUCAUUGGUAGUUAGUCACGAGGGAAGUUCUGAUAAAUGUGAAAAGUUCGUAAAAAAUGCUUUUAUUUGCUAUAAAUAAAUGUUUAUUUUUUACGUUUA